CCUUCAUCUCUUUUAUUUCUUUGUCAUCUUUCUCUCUUUCUAUUUUUCCUGUCUCUGUUUUUUAGGUGAACAACAACUUCAUCAUCAUUAUCAUCAUCAUCAUCCAUUUUCAUCAUUACAACUCCACAUUUGAUUCUUUUUAUUUAAUUUUUCAUUAAGUUUUUUUGUCUCUCAUCAUGAGUGGUCCAGUCAAUAAUGAAGAGGAACCAGGAAUUAAUCUUUUGGAAGUGUUUCAAAAUUGUUUUAAUAAAAUUGAAGAUGGAUAUGAUACCCAAAAUCAUGCCCAAAACUAUUUUGUUACUAUGAACCAAGUUAAUUAUGAAUCAUAUCCCCCUGAAGGAUAUAAUAAUUAUAUCGACACACCGGAUGCUUGGAAUAGUUCGGCUGCUCCAAAUUAUAAUGUAUACACCAACCCACCCCCACAACCUCCUCCAACAUCAACAUCUGCGCCAGUGUCAGUGUCAGUGCCAUGUCCACCACCACCUCAAGCUACAGCUCCAGCACCAUGUCCUCCAACAACACCAACAGCACCAGUAUCAGGUCCUUUAGGACCAGGAACCAUCAAUAUACCUGUUCUUCAAGGACCUGAAGGACCUGGAGCCUGGGCAACAAAUUUUCAUGGAUUUAUGGAAGAACGAUUGGACGAUGCCAUAGAUUUUCUCCAGAAGCAAACAGAAAGCUGUAACUAUCCUCCUCAGAUUGAUUGUCACGUGCCAAGUCUGGCAUUCUCAGAUGCCGGUCAAAGCAGUAUCCUUAGCGGUACGCCAUUAAGUGUUCAACCUCCUUUGUCCCUAAAAGAAGAUAUGAAAUCAAAUCAGGAAUUGCCAUCAAAUCAGGAUAUGCCCACUAACAGUCAACCUUCGCUUGCCAUUGCCACAGCUCCAAGAAGAUACAUGAGAACACCAUCAAACUCAUCUUCAACAUCAACAACAAAUAAUCCAAACACAACCAGUAUUGGUAAAGGAAGCAAACGGUCCAGAUCUAGACAUUCUAUUAGCAGUUCGGCUGAUGAUGAAGAUGACCCUCCCGAGCUCAAAGCAGAAAGGGAAAAAGAAAGACGUCAAGCUAACAACGCUAGAGAAAGAAUUCGUGUACGAGAUAUAAAUGAAGCCUUUAAGGAAUUGGGUAAAAUGUGCAUGCAGCAUUUAAAACAAGAAAAAGCGCAAACCAAACUCAAUAUUCUACAUCAAGCUGUGGAAGUAAUUACAAAUUUAGAACAACAAGUUAGAGAGCGUAACAUGAAUCCUAAAACAGCAUGUUUAAAAAGGAGGGAAGAAGAAAAAGAUCAAGACCCAAGCAAUCUUAAGUUUCCUUCAGUGCUCCAAGGACAUUUGGUUGGACCCGGGCCGGUACCCGUGCCUCCUAAUGGAACAAAUCCAAUUUUGUAAAAGAUCAUUAACAAAAAAAUUAACAAUUUAAACUUAACAAUAUUUGAUUGAUACAAAAAUACAUAGAGAAAUUCAUGUAGCUUCAAAAGCGGUACCCAAGAUCAUCCCAAACCGCUGUCACAUUUACGAAUGACAUAAAAUGGACAGAUUUUUUUUGAUUAAUCAAUCAAUAAAAAUAGUAAAAAGAACAAUUAUUUAAAAAAAA